GUGAAGUAUGAGAGCCAGAGGAAGAUUUUGCAGAUGCUGGCAUCUCGUCUUGAGGAGGUGGGCAUAGAUACGCAGAAACCUGGUGGACUCUGCUGUCCUCUCCGGCCUGUAGUCCCUUCACCCAUCAUUAAUGGCUACCGAAACAAAUCUACUUUUUCUGUGAACCGAGGACCAGAUGGAAACCCCAAAACCGUGGGGUUGUAUGUGGGAACUGGCAGAGCAAGAAAUAUUGUCUGUGUGAAAGCCAACCACAUGGAGAACAUACCCCCAAAACACAAACAAGUAGCCCAGUGCUACGAGGAGUUCAUCCGUCACUCCCCCCUGGACCCCUGCAUCCUCUUCCACGAAGGCGGACACUGGCGGGAGCUCGUGGUGCGCACCACCAGCCAUGGCCACACCAUGGCUAUCAUCACCUUCCACCCCCAGGAGCUGGGCCAGGAGGCACUGGCUACUCAGAAAGCAUUGCUUAAGGAGUUCUUCACGUGUGGACCUGGAAAAGUCUGUGCCUUGACCUCACUUUAUUUCCAAGAGAGCACCAUGACACGCUGCUCACAUGAGCAGUCCCCCUUCCAGCUCCUUCACGGAGAACCGCACAUCUUUGAAGAAGUCCUCGGCCUGAAGUUUUGCAUCUCUCCAGAUGCCUUUUUCCAAGUAAACUCGGGUGGAGCAGAAGUUCUGUACCAGGCGGUCGGGGAGCUGAGUCAGGCUGGUAGGGACACCAUCCUCCUCGACAUCUGCUGUGGAACGGGCACAAUUGGCCUCUCUCUGGCUCACCAAGUGGCCAAGAUUAUUGGUAUCGAGGUGGUGGAGAAGGCAAUAGAGGAUGCCAGGUGGAAUGCAGCAUUCAAUGGAAUUUCAAACUGUGAGUUUCACAGUGGAAGGGCAGAGGCUGUGUUACCACGACUCCUGUCAUCGUGGGAGGAUGCCCGACCCCUUGUUGCUGUGGUGAACCCAUCUCGGGCUGGGCUCCAUUACAGGGUUGUGCGAGCCAUCCGAAACUGCGCGUCCAUCCGAAGGCUGCUCUACAUCUCCUGCAAGCCAGAGGGUGAAGCCAUGAGGAACUUUCUCGAGCUGUGCUGCCCACCUGACCAAGGGAAGAAACUGGCAGGAGAGCCAUUUGCCCCCAUGUUGGCUAUACCUUUUGACAUGUUUCCUCAUACUGCUCAUUGUGAGCUGGUGCUGCUGUUCACCCGCUGA